UAUUGCAGUGGCACUGCUGAGGAUUCAAACUGUCCUUACUCCAGGGAGAAGACUGAAGGAACUCUUCAUCUGCCUAUUCUGAGACUCUGUUUCAAGGGGAGCAAGAGCCCUUCACUGAAAUCCUCCCACCAUGCUGGGGCUGCUGCUGCUGCAGGUGUUGGCGAGCUGCCUCUGCCUGGGACACAGCGAGGUGGUGACAUCCUUUACAACUGCAUGUGCUCAGUUUUUCUAUGAGAAGACCCCCCCAAGUGACACCCUGCGUCCAACAAAUGCAGCCAGGAUCUGCCAGCGCUUAAGUAACAAAUAUCACUUUGCCACCCUGUAUGACAAAACUCGCAGAAUUCCAGUGUACUCUGCUUAUAUCUACAAGCCUGGACAUGGAUACAGAUAUAACUCAUGGUUUAUUGAGCCCCAGCUGAUUGACAAAAAAAGUUAUGGCAAAGAAAUGGCUGAGCCGUGGACCAUCCAUUCAGCGAAUAUUGGCGAGAAUCAGGCUGUUGAGAAUGACUACAGCAGUGCCGUGAUGCCUGUGGACCGUGGUCACUUGUGUCCCAGUGGCCACCUUUAUGAGCAGACCAGCAGGUGGGCUACCUUCACCCUCACCAACAUAGUGCCCCAGUACAGCACACUCAACCAGGGUGCCUGGAGUGUGUACGAGGACACAACAAUGCGCAACAAGACUGACGGCUGUGAUAAAACCUAUGUCAUCACGGGUGCUGUACCUGGGAACACCAACAUCUCCAAUGGGAGGGUUAAUGUACCCAGCCACAUCUGGUCAGCUGCCUGCUGCCUGGUGGGUACAAAUCCCACUAGGGCUUGGGGGGCCAUUGCUAAGAACGAGAGAGGCAAUAACCAGGUGACGAAUCUCAACCUGGGGAGGCUGGAAACGAAAUUGUCUGAGCUCUAUGGGGGGAAAGUUGUUACUCUGUUCAACAAUGCCUGUCCCCGGCAAUAAGCCUCACAUCCUUCAUGGAAAAGGCUCAGAAAAUUUUCCCACAUGUCACAGAACCACAGAAUCACUGAAUGGGUUGGUUUUCAAGGGACAGGUUGUUCCAAGCCCUCCCCAGCCUGGCCUUCAAUGCUUCCAGGGAUGGGGCAGUCAAAACAGCUCUGGGUAACUUUUGCUCAUAGCACAGUCUGCUCCCAGGAAUUUACUUCUUUAGAAUAUCCCAUCUAACCCUGCCCUCCAUCAGUGGGAAACCAUUCCCUCUUGUGCUGUCACUCCAUACCCUUGUCCAAAGACCCUCUCCAGCCCUCUUAGACAUCCUGUAGGUACUGCACUCUCUGGAGUCUUCUCCAGGCUGAACAUGCCCAGCUCUCUCAGCCUCUCUCCAGAGCAGACGUGCUCCAGCCCUCAGAGCACCUUCAUGGCCUGCACUGGACUCCACUCCAACAGCUUUGUAUCCUUCUUGUGCUCUGGGCCCCAGAGCUGGAGGCAGCACUGCAGCUGGGCUCUCAGCACAG